CAGCUCAGAGUCACGUGAAACGUUUGACUGCAAACAUUUUAAUGCACCGCUUUCUGUCUUUUGACAGUGAAAUUAUUUGCUGUUCGUCUUAAAACUGCACUUUAAUCAGCUGGAAUCCUGUAAAAUCCAUCAUGGACGAGGACGGGCUGCCGAUAGUCGGCUCUGGAGUGGAUCUGACAAAGGUUCCUGCUAUACAACAGAGAAGAAUCGUUGCCUAUCUCAACCAGUUUGUUGUGCACACCGUCCGGUUCCUUAACCGCUUUUCCACAGUUUGUGAAGAGAAACUUGCAAACAUAUCUCUUCGCAUACAGCAGAUUGAGACCACCCUGUGCAUUUUGGAGGCCAAGUUGUCUUCCAUUCCUGGACUGGAGGAUGUAACAAUAGACGGACUCAGUCAGCAGCAAACUGCGCAGACCAAUGGACCCACUAUCGCCAGUCAGAGCCAGACAGAUGGUCCAGCAGCAGGGACGCUGCCUCCCCCAGAGCCGGCUCAAAGUUCACAGGAAGCUGCACCAACGCAAACAGCAGAAGCAGCUGUAAAUGAGAAUGUGAUGACAGUGGCCAAGGACCCACGUUAUGCCCGAUACCUGAAAAUGGUUCAAGUGGGGGUUCCACUGAUGGCCAUCAGGAAUAAAAUGGUCAUGGAUGGAUUGGAUCCCAGCUUGCUUGACACACCCGACGCUCCUGUGCCUGACGGAGUAAGAAGCGCAGAGGACCAGGAUGUUGCUGCUACGAGCUCUGACAGCGAAUCGUCUUUCAGCGACUGACGUCUUUCCUUCCUCCUCAUCAUUGCAAAGCUCCCUCUAAAGCUCAUUCAUCGCCAUCCGCACUUCUUCAGGCCUGAAGUUAGGAAGGUUGCAGAGCACCUGUACAGGAUUACCAUUGAGAAGGUGCCUGAAACAGUGAAAUCCAACCCAAGUGAUUGUAAUUUCAGUUUAAAACGCUGAAAUGUUUCUGCUGUCGGUCAGUCAGUGACCUCGAUUUUGAUACGUCAUUAGCAUUUUUGAUGAAUGAUUUUUCAUUUCAUAAAGGGGGGGAUCAUUUUUCCUCUCGAUCAUGUGAGCAGAAAUCCUCAGAAGAUCGAAGUAGCAAGUAGUUUUUGUAUAAAACCAGGUCAUAUCAUUUAGUGGUCGGAGGUUCACUGUGGUAGUUGGACCACUAUCAGCCUAAUGCCUUUAGGGGAUGCUACUCAUCUCUUGGUUGUUCUGUUUACUUUUGUAACAGGCUCCAGAUAACAGAAAAACAUAUGUAACGAAAAUGUUAAAUGUUCAAAAGGUACAUUGUCUUUAUUCUCCAGUCAAAUUAGCACUUGUAGCCGGCAUUCCAGAGAAAUUUGACAUUUCGUCUGCCACAGAAUGCUUGAAGUACCGACUUUCUGUCUAUUUUUUGAAACAGUUAAAAUAUGAAAAACGUCCAGACAGCAGCAAAACAGUUCAUCUCUCAUUAUAGGAUAUUGUGAACAAGUUGCAGUGGCUUAGGAGAGAACGGACACCCCUUUGCCUUUGUGUAGACUUUAUUGCAUCAUUCUGUAAAUUGCGUGUUGCUUUCAUUUCCUUGAAAUUGAAGCACAAUAACCCAGAAACACAAAGCAGAAACGUGUUUCAGGAAUUUUUUGGUUUUUUUUGCAAAAAUCUUCGAAUGAAAUCGGAAGAUGCUGCAUGAGUCUUGAUGUUAAAUACUAAAAUAAAUAAAAUCUUUAUAUGUUAUAAGUGAAAGACAAUAGAUAAUAAUAAAUCAAAAUGUAUUGCCCGGCUGUGCUUCAGGUUGCCCCUUUAACUAACAUUUCUCCAUUGACUUGUUUACUCCAUGAGUUGUAUUGUUUUGUCAGGAAUAACAGGGUUGUGGACACUAACGUCUCCUGUAUGAAGAAUCAUCAAACUUGCACUAAAAGGUGAACAUUCAUAAAUUAUCAUAAAAACUGCAGGA